CUUGACGUCGCUCCUUAUUUUUCCCCAAUAUUAAACCUUGGGGGAGGGAUCCUUGAGUGCUGUCGCACAACUACGGUAGACUACAAGCCGUACUUUCCGACUCGCGCUGUUUGAGUUGAGCAGGCAGCAGAGGGUAUACACGAGGAUACUCAAAAAUAGCUUUCAAAGGCGAUUUGCUAUGACGGAUACUAACGGAGGGGCUCCGCGGGACUCUACGUAAAGAUGAGGAUUCCUCCGGUGUGGGCGCUGGGCGCUUGCCAGACUGGGUGAAGUGAGAACUGAUAGGGAAACCCGCUGAGAAAAAACACCGCCUGGGACUGCUGAGGAGGACCUCUGUGCAGGUUCACGCAGCCGUCAGCAGGGUGGAGCUUCUUGACCCAUGGAGAAUUACUUCCAGGCCGAGGCCUUCAACCUGGACAAGGUGUUGGACGAGUUCGAGCAGAACGAAGAUGAGACAGACAAUCCCAUUCUCUCGGAUGCCAAGUGGACCCAGAUCCUGGCCCCGCCAGCCCACCUGCUCUCUCUGAAUCCCGCCCUGGCCCACGCAGACCUCAGCCCCCGGGAGAGUCCACUGCCCUUCAAGACCCUCCCUGACUCUUCUUCCAGCGCCUCCCCGGGGGCAGACACUAAAAGACAUCCCGGUCCCGAACCUCCAUCCUGGGUAGAGGAGAGGCCAGCAGACGUCCAUAGCCCACCCCUCCCCCAACCCAACAUCGGCAAACUGGUGGGCACAGACGACCUCUCGCCGCCCCCUGUGACGGCCUGUAGUGCUGUGGAGAACGGGUGCCCUGCCAGCCCUGCAAGCCCACAACUGGAUGGGCUCAGCAAGGAGAAAAGUUCUCCUCCAGAUAACCAGCCUGGUGCUUCUGACCAAGAGGCUAAACCUCAUCAUGAGGAGAGAGCCACCUCAGCAGCAGGAGGAGGAGGCUCCACCGUCAGUCACAGUCACUUUACCUUUGAGGUUGGAUUAGGACAGGAAGAAACUCAGUCUCCAAAAAUUCAUCCAAAUGUGCAACCAACAACACAAAAUGGGGAAGAUGUCAAAGAGGAGGCAGUUACAGCUGUUUUACAUGACAAUGGUCAAGAAAUACAAACUGACAACUUAAAAGAGGAGCAGGUAAAAAGUUUCCUGAAUAGCGGGAGAGACGUUCAGGCUGCUUGUGAGGUGGAGGAGAAUGGUGUAUCUCCUCCUGACAGGGUCAGAAUGGAGGAGAAGGAGAGGAGAUGUUGUCCAGAGGGACAGAUAAACCAACUCCUCAGAAUAACAAGCCUUCCCAAUGGCUUGGAGCAGGAGAGCAGUAGCCAUUCCAAGCUUAAGGAGAUAGAAGAGCGGGAGGAGGAGGGUUUUUCUCACUCUCCUGUCCCCUCCAAAGAGGAUUCUGUCACUGAGGAGAAAGAAAUGGAGGAGAGCAAGCAAGAGGGCAGCGAAGGAGGAGGAGCAGCGGGGUCAGGUAGCAUCCAACCAAAACUCAACAACAAUCGUCUGCAGCCGGUCAGUGUUCCCUACGGAGGGGCACGACCAAAGCAGCCGGUCAGCCUCAAGCUCCAGAUCCCACAGCCGCUGUCGGGCCAGGUCCAAAAUCAGCUUGGCACGUCCGCCGUCAGCAAGAACAAAAACCUGGAGAACCAGUGUCGGAGAAGCAUACCUGCUGAAACUACGUUCAGUGGGACUGAUCAGAGUGCAGUCGGGGUGAACGGAGAUGGUGUUGUCCACUCUCCUCCCCGGAUGCCCUCGGAGAGCCCAGACAAUGACCUCCAGGCAGGCCAACAGGGCGCUCUGUGCAGGAAACCUGCCAGCUCCCUGGGAGAGGUUGCCCCUGUGUGGGUGCCCGACUCCCAGGCUCCUGUCUGUAUGAAAUGUGAUGUCAAGUUCACCUUUACCAAGAGGAGGCACCACUGCAGGGCCUGCGGCAAGGUGUUCUGUGCGACGUGCUGCAGCCUGAAGUGCAGACUCACGUACAUGGACAGGAAGGAGGCUCGGGUCUGUGUCACCUGUCAUUCAGCUCUGACGAGUGCUCAAUCGUGGGAGACGACGGCCACUGCAAGCAACCACAGUCCGAACCCCAACAACCCAGCGGAGUACUGCUCCACCAUCCCCCCUCUGCAGCAGGCCCAGGCCUCUGGGGUGCUCAGCUCCCCUCCUCCUACCGUCAUGGUUCCCGUGGGAGUCCUGAAACAGCCUGGCAACGAGGGGUCCCUAACACGGGAGCAGAGGAGGGUGUGGUUUGCUGAUGGGGUGCUACCUAAUGGAGACACAGCAGAGUCCCCGAAACCUCCAACCUCCAGCCCCGCCCCCUCCCAGUCACUGGCCAUCUCCACGUAUUCAAACAAAUCCUCCACUUCUGAAUCCUCAGAGGCAGCCCAUACCCCCGUUGCCCCGGUGGGCAGCCCGGUGGGCAGCUCCCUCAGCCUGAUCCCGGAGGACGGGCUCCCUCCCAUCCUCAUCUCCACUGGAGUCAAAGGAGGUACGGGAGGCCACAUCACAGACUAUGCAGUGGAGGAGAGGCCGUCAGAGAUCGUCCUCAUGCAGCAGCUGGAGGAGGGAGGCCCAGACCCCCUGGUCUUCGUGCUCAAUGCUAACCUGCUCGCCAUGGUCAAGCUUGUCAACUAUGUAAACAGGAAGUGUUGGUACGUGACGACUAAGGGCAUGCACGCCGUUGGCCAGGCAGAGGUGGUCAUUCUGCUGCAGUGUCUACCUGACGAGAAGACCAUCCCUAAAGACAUCUUCACCCACUUUGUGCAGCUCUACCAGGAGGCCCUCAGUGGCAACGUGCUGAGCCACCUGAGUCACUCAUUCUUCACACAGAGCUUCCUGGACAGUAAGGAGCAUGGCGGCUUCCUCUACAUCAGCCCCUCCUUCCAGUCGCUGCAAGACCUGCUGCUGCCCAACCCGCCCUACCUCUUUGGCAUCCUGAUACAGAAGUGGGAAACGCCCUGGGCCAAAGUCUUCCCCAUCCGCCUCAUGCUGCGGUUGGGCGCAGAGUACCGAUUUUAUCCGUGUCCGCUGUUCAGCGUUCGCUUCAGAAAACCCCUCUUCGGAGAGACCGGUCACACUAUAAUGAAUCUGCUCGCAGACUUCCGUAACUACCAGUACACACUACCGGUGGUGAAAGGUCUGGUUGUGGACAUGGAGGUGAGGAAGACGAGCAUUAAGAUCCCCAGUAAUCGUUACAAUGAGCUGAUGAAGGCCAUGAACAAGUCCAACGAACACGUGCUGGCCAUGGGGGCGUGUUUCAACGACCGGGCCGACUCCCACCUGGUGUGUGUCCAAAACGAUGAUGGGAACUACCAGACGCAGGCCAUCAGCAUCCAUCACCAGCCUCGCAAAGUAACUGGAGCCUGCUUCUUUGUGUUCAGUGGUGCUUUGAAAGCCUCGUCGGGCUUCUUGGCCAAGACCAGCAUUGUGGAAGACGGUGUGAUGAUCCAGAUCACAGCUGAGACCAUGGACUCUCUACGGCAAGCCCUGAAGGACAUGAAGGACUUCACCAUCACGUGCGGUAAAGCCGACCAGGAGGAGAACCAGGAGCUCGUCCACAUCCAGUGGACGGAGGACGACCACAACUUCAACAAGGGUGUCAUCAGUCCGAUCGACGGGAAGUCUAUGGAGUCCAUCACCAGCAUCAAGAUCUUCCACGGCUCGGAGUUCAAAGCCAACGGCAAAGUCAUCCGCUGGACGGAGGUGUUUUUCCUCCAGAGCGAAGAUCAACCCAACGGCCUGAGCGACCCGGCCGACCACAGCCGGCUGACGGAGAACGUGGCCAGAGCUUUCUGCAUGGCGCUCUGUCCGCACCUGAAGCUGCUGAAGGAGGACGGCAUGGCCAAACUGGGACUGAGGGUCACUCUGGACUCCGACCAGGUGGGUUACCUGGCAGGAAGUAACGGCCAGCCUCUCCUGCCUCAGUACCUGAGCGACCUGGACAGCGCUCUGAUCCCUGUCAUCCACGGCGGGGCGUGCCAGCUGAGCGAGGGCCCCGUGGUCAUGGAGCUGGUCUUCUACAUCCUGGAGAUCAUCUCCUAGGACUCUUCGGAGCUUCACCUCCAAAAUCUUUUUUUUUUUUUUUUUUUUUUCUGACGUCAUCUCGCAGCCUGGUCCUCCAUCAUCUCCCUUCAACCGUUUGCACUUCAAAAGAGCCCGAAAACUGUGCCGUGCCAGGUGGGGUAGCAUUCCUCAAGUCAAACCUAUGCAUCCAACCACCGUCUGUUGUGCUCCAGAGGCCGCCUGGGGCCUGAGGAAGCUCCGAGCAGCAUCAUCUGUCCCGUGUUGUGAGCCUCACCUGACAGGUGUUCAUUUAAGGUGCAGGAAAUGAACACCAGAGAUCAUACUGUCUGACCCCAGUGUGGCGUUACAGUGCCUAUAAAAAGUAUUAACCCCCCCUUGAAAAGUCAUGUUUUUUUUUUAUUGUUUAACAGCAUUGAAUCAAAGUAGAUUUGAUGUUGCUUUUUUGACACGGAUCAACAGAAAAGACCCUCUACAAAGUCAUAUAAAUUAACUAUAAAAUGCAUGUUUGCAUAAGUAUUCACCCCCUUUAAUAAAUAGGACACGCCUUAACCAUCACAGGUUUUUAGAAACCCCUUGAAAAUACACAGCGGUGAGAACAUCGACAGUGGUUUCAUUUGGCCAAAGAAACUAUCCUGACGAGUCUGCAGAAGAGUUCUUCCACGUUAAGAAGCCACAGCAUCUCAGCUCUGCAAUGCGAUGAGGUUUUAUGCUACUGAAAGUUUUCCGUAUUGUCACUCUUACAGCACACUGAACUUUCCCAGUAAAUUGUCCUUGUAAUAGUUUGAUUCUGUUUUCUGACUCGGAGCGGUUUCAUGCUGUUGCUCGGUCAGCCGCGUGUUUUAGUUUGAAAAAUUUAAGGCAAAUGUGGCGGAAGAAGUCCUCAGAUCUUUUACUUAAGCAAAGGUAUAAAAGUAUUAGCAUCAAAAUAUACUUAAAGUACAAAAAGUAAAAGUACUCAUUAUGCAGAAUAGUUCAUUUCAGAAUAAUGUACAUUAUAUUAUUGGAUUAUAAUUACUGAUGCAUUAAUGUGUACAUGACUUUAAUGUUUCAGCUGGUAAAGGUGGGGCAAUUUUUUAUAUUUUUUUUUUACUAUAUAAACUGCAGGGUAGCUUUUCCAUUUCACCAAGGGAUCAAUUAAGUCUUGCAUCAAAUAAUUGCAGUGGGGUAGAAGUAUAAAGUAGCAGAAAAUGGAAAUACUCAAGUACAGUACUUGAGUAAAUGUUCUUAGUUACUUUCCACCACAACAGCAAAUGAGUCCUCUUCAAGAACUAAACAGUUGAAUUUAGACGUCUUUCUGAAGAAACAGACCCCAGAUCUUAUUCCAGUCGAGAAUGUGCAGCUGUUGCCGUGCAACCUGCAGACUAACGGGGAAGACGUGCCGUGUGGGAUUAGACUAAUAGCGACGUAUCCACGCAGACUAAAGGCUGGAGUUGCUGCCAAAGGUGCAGCUACUAAAUACUGACUCGACAUUAAAGGAUCCUUUUCUGUUGAUCAGUGUCAAAAACAACUUUAAAUCUAAUUUGAUUCAAUGCUGUAAAACAAUAAAACAUGAAUACUUCCAAGGAAGGUGAAUACUUUUCACAGACACUGUAUGUAGCUCCUCAUCACCCGUCACUCCAAUGUCACUGUGGCAGCCGGGGGUCCUGCAGCGCUGAAGAUUAUCCGCAAAGGCCUCUGUGUAGCACGGAUGCUCUUAAACAAGGGAGACUCAUAUCCACUGCUGAAAAGACUGGACUCUUCCUCUGAAGUUUAAUUUAAUAAAAAAAAAAAGGAAAGUUACAAAUCAUCGGAUGAGGAGUUGAGAGGUGCGUCUGUGUGGGGAUUAUUAUUAUUUUAAUUUUUUUUUGCACCGUGGUGCUCAGUGCCUGCAGCAGCGAUUCAUCAAGCGGGGGGAAGGGGGAAGAAACACUUUGGCUUCACCUGUUAAGCUUUACUCAUCAGUCACCAGAUGCUUUACUUCAUGGACAAACACACUGACAGCUCCUCCAUCAUAACGCUGCCUCUGUAGCCUCCAGAGAUCCCAGUUAAAGACAGUAUUACUGAAGUGACCGUCAUGGACUCCUCUGACUGACGCUCGGUGGAAUAAGAUUACAUUUUAACUCUGGAAGCCCUUUUUGUCCUACAGUAGACAACUGAUUUAAAAAAAAUAAUAAUUAAUAAAUAAAUAAAGGUUCCAAUGCUUUAUUGAUAAACUCAAACAAUCUGUACAUAAAGCUGAAAACGCAGAAGAGGGAAAUCAGUUUUUAAUCUCAUCAGUCAACAUCAUCAGCGCUUGUUUGUCCGGCAGUGGUUGGAAAAGCCACUCAAGUUAUUUUGGUCUUUUUAAUCAUACAAAGAGAAUAACUAUUGAAGAUGUAAAGCUAUAUAUAUAAAUAAAUGUAUAAGAACUGUAUUAAAUUGCAGAAGCAGUGCACUGGAUUCUAAGCCAUUUACAGGAGAGUUAAAGCGAGCGUCGGGGUUGCCGCUGAGUCCUGGAAGACGAGAGGAAAGAAAAGAGGAUCCAGGGUUCCUGCAGAAACAGAGGUUUGAUUGACCUGAAGCUGAAUGUAUUUCAUCUCACAUUUCCUGCAACUUAUCGUCCUUCCAAAUCCCUGAAAUCAUGAACAUCCUGCUCCAGACUUUGCAGACCUGCGGACCGCGGACAUGUCGUCUUCAAAAGGCCUCAACUGUUUUUAGUGCAUCUAUAAACAGACCGCUGCAGCCCCCCUCUCUCCCUCUCUGCUCUGGACUGUGCUCUCCUUCAGCAACAUGGACCUGGAAAAAAAUAUAAGAAUGUAUUCCUCCUGUUUCUGUUCAAAUCUGCAAUGUGUGUGUGUGUGUUUUUGUUUGUUUCUGGCUAGACUAAUCACCAAAAACCACCCAGUCAUGUCAAAAUGCUCUGUACAGUAAUCACUCUGCAUUAUGGCAAUUACUCCUUUUUUUUUUUUUUUUUUUAAAUCAUGCUAAUAUAAAACCAGAAGGGGCUACAUAAAGUACUGCUAAUACAGUACGAGAGGUUUUGUUGGAGCAUUUUAUUGGAGAAAAAAAUCUCGUCAUCACAAGUGAGAAUCAGACAAUCACAUGAAAAUCUGCAGACGAGCCAACGCUUCGUUUAAAUUAGACCUGUAGCUAUUCUGUAUUAGUUUAUUACUCAGUCUGAAGUAUUUUAGGAGCUACUGUAGCAAAGUAAUGUUAGCAAAGCUGAUUAAAAUGUUCAGUAAAGACUGAAUGAGAGGUCAAAGGUCACCAGUUCUGGGUUUAUUACUGUGAUCAUACCAGAGUUGGUGAAUCUCAAUCACUGUGUGACGUUCAUCAGCCGCAGGCAGUUCUGUUUUUAUAAAUCAGCUUAAUGGAGAGGACUUCCUGUUUCCUGUUACAUUUUAUUUUGGCGUUAUCUGACUUGUGCAAUAUGUCCUAAAUCCCCCCCCCCCAAAAAAGAAGGUGCAAUUUGUUUGACUGAAAAAGUAGCAUUUUUUUUGUGUGUGUAUUCAGUUGUAAGAUGUUACUAUCCAAACUAUAACACUGCAUGCAAACAGAAACAAGCUUGAACCGGUGAAGAGAGCAAAUCAACUUUUAACAGUUAUAUCUUCUAGUUUGUGGAUGAAACUAAAAAAAGAAAAAUCCACUCAUUCAGUUCUGUCGUUGACUGGGAUUUGUUAAAAUACUUCUUUUCUUUUUUUAAUAAACAGUCAAAAAAUGUUUGAAAAGCCAAAAACCCUGUACAUCUUUUUUUCCCCUUUACACUACAAAUGUCAAGAAAAGUGGUCUUUAUCAAAAGAUUGUAGUAUAUGUAAAAUAAAAACUUAUAGAAAAUUGAAA